AUGUCUUCAUAUGUCCCCACCGACAACCCCCAGCCUUUGGCUUUUCGGCUUCCCACCCAAGCCCACAUUAAAGCCUAUCGAGCGCAUGGGCCGCCUCCAAGCGGUUAUUAUAUGAGACGCCUCCCGGGGAGACAGGGAAUGUUCUAUAACGCGGACGAGUCUGUCACCACCAACCAGGGUGGUAUGAGCGACCUCCACCCAUGCUCACAUACUCGCAUGAACGCCAAUCCGGACCAAAAGUUCAACCCUGAGCCGAGCUUCCCUUGUGUACGCGCAACUGGGUUCUUCCAUCCACCGUGGACUUAUGAAGCGGGGCAAGUCCGAUGGAAUUACCAUAAAAAUGGCUGGGCACCGGCACUGGCGGAGGCUCUGGUCAGCAAGGGUAUCAAGACAACAGCAGCCAAGCGCGAACAGAUAUACGAGGGUUUGAAGGAUAGUAGUAUCUACAAACACGAAUCAUCAUACGUUCUUCAUCAGCCCGCCGAUAGGGACACAGCGAUCUUUCAAAAUGAGUGGGCUGCAUCUAUGGUAGCUAGAUGGGGUCUUGAGAGGCCCUUCAGCAUGAUUACCGUGUGUCCCCUUGUCCGUGCGGAUGGCAUCGGUUGGGGUCGCAUUUACGAUACGCAUAAUCGACCACCGGUCUAUACGCGAUGGUCUACUGGCGAACAAGAUUGGUAUAGCUUGGAAACGACAUCACAGAAUCCAACCUUUCGCCGAAUGUGGGAUGAUCUAUGGAAAACUUACGGUACGGACGAGAUCGUCGAACUCAUAAGAGGCUGUCAGUUCAGCCCAGGAGAGAAAGUCACAUCGGUCUUUCUCUGGUGCCUUGUUCGACUUCAUCGGAGAAUUGCUCUGGGUAAUCAGAUUUCCGACGCGAACCUCGGGUCUUGGAUCAAGCAAUACGGAAAUCAUCUUUCGAGAUGCGGCACACCCUACAAUCCUGCAGGUCGCACGUUCGCCUUCGAUCCAAGCAAACCAUACAACGGUAUGAGCUUCACAUACAACACCUUGACCGCAUGGCUCUUGAACCCGCGGUUUGGUGACGAUCGGAGGAAGUCUCAGUUCGUGAAAGAAUGGGACGAUGAAAACAAAGAUAAGGCGUGGUUUACUUUCCGAGAGCGGAUGAAGGCAGCCUCGAAACCUUUUUUUUGA